AUGGGUUAUAACAUUGCUAUGAUAUGCGAUUUCUUUUAUCCACAGCUAGGUGGUGUGGAAAUCCAUAUAUACCAUCUUGCACAAAACCUAAUAUCUCUAGGUCACAACGUUAUUAUCAUAACACAUUCAUAUCACAACGAAAGAUUAGGUGUACGGUACUUGACAAAUGGAUUGAAAAUAUAUUACACUCCCUUAUUUGUCUUACACAGAGAAACUACUUUCCCAUCUGUAUUCUCAAUGGCUCCCAUCCUACGACAUAUCAUGUUACGUGAAAGAAUAGAUAUCGUUCACGGCCAUGGUAGUGGGAGUGCAAUGGCUCAAGAAUCUCUGGUACAUGCAAACACUUUAGGUUUAAAAACCGUGUUCACUGAUCAUUCUUUAUACGGGUUCUCUGUCCUAGGCUCCAUUCUAUUAAACAAACUGUUGUUGUUCACCUUGGCUAACGUCGAUAGAGUCAUUUGUGUCUCUAAUAUUUGUAAAGAUAAUAUGAUUGUUAGAGGUAAUAUGGAUCCAGCUAAACUCUCUGUUAUACCGAACGCUGUAAUUAGUGACGAAUUUAAACCUUUGAACUACAACAACAACAACAACAAUAAUAAUAAUAAUAAUAAUAAUAAUAAUAAUAAUAAUAAUAAUAGACAUCUCUCUAGCCCCGACCCUGACUCUAGUACCACAUGGGUUAAUGACAUUAAAUUGAAAAAGAAGAAUGAUGGAACUGUCACAAUUGUGGCCAUUUCUAGAUUGUUCCCCAAUAAAGGUGCAGACCUAAUCAUCCGAAUUAUACCUCAAAUCUGUCAAUUACAUCCAGAUGUCAACUUCAUUCUGGCCGGUGAUGGCCCUAAGUUCGUUGAAUUACAACAAACAGUGGAAAGCUUUAGACUGCAGGAUAGAGUCACCCUACUAGGUGCUGUGGCCCAUGAGAAUAUUAGAAAUGUCUUGUGCCAAGGCGAUAUCUACUUACACACAACUUUGACUGAAGCCUUCGGCACUGUGCUUGUCGAAGCAGCGUCUUGUGGCUUAUUGAUCGUCACAACACAUGUCGGUGGAAUCCCUGAAGUGUUACCAGACCAUAUGACUGUCUACGCAAUGGAAACCUCUGUUUCAAGUCUGGUCGAUGCAACCAAUAAAGCUAUUGCUUUGUUUAGAUCAGGCAGUGUCGAUACCUUCACUUUCCACAAAGAGGUCGAGCAAAUGUACGACUGGAUGGAUAUUGCAAGGAGGACUUUGAAAGUUUAUGAUCAAAUAAUGAAUGACACUUUAUCAAAUGAUAAAAAUUGGUAUAUAAUGUUGAAAAGAGUAUACUAUAGAGAUAAUGGUAGGUGGGCAAGACCCUUACUUGUAUUAUGUUGUAUUGUAGAAUAUUUGUUAUUUACAGUACUCGAGUUUCUUCAACCUGAGUCUUCCAUCGAAAAGGCCCCCAAAUGGCCAGUUCACCGAAAAUCCAAGUCAUAG